AGAGAAAAGACGACGACUUGGGCCUCUCAUAUAUAUACACACACAGAUAUAUGUAUUUCCUAUAAUUUUCUUCUUCGUCUCUUCCUCCCGAUUCGAACCUCCCCUGAGAGCUCUUCAACACCUUCGUGCCAUAGCCCAGAUGGACACGAUUGUACCAUCUUUGGGCCGGGAUCACAGUGAGGACACAUCUUGUGAACCUACUCUUUCAUCCGAAUCUAAGGAAGAGUUCGACGUGUUUGGGGAACCUGAGGUACUUCCUCGAGUUGGAGAGGAAUACCAGGUUUUAUUGCCAGAACCGGUUUCCCGGUCAGAGUACGUCAAGCGGCUUAGAAGUGAAGUGAUGGAUCAAGAAGUUGCAAUUGAUAUUCUCAGCGGAUUACCUCUAUCUGUCAUGUGGGUAGAAUCACGACCCGGUUGUCAUAUACGUGAACCAGUCGAUUCAGAAGAAAAAGUCAGCUCUGCAGUUGAAGAGAAAGGUAACAACAGUAGUGGCUCUAUUCCAGUACCAGGUUCUUCAUACGAGCCAUUAAGCGAGACAGAAGAGGAGAUCUUCCUCCUUGGUUUAUACAUCUUCGGGAGAGACUUUGUGCAGGUGAAGAAAUUUGUUGGAUCUAAGAUCAGUGGGGAGAUAUUGGCAUACUAUUAUGGGAAGUUUUACAGGUCUGAAAGGUACUAUAGGUGGUUAGAGUGCAGAAAGAAGAGGGGUAGAAGAUGUGCUUGUGGGCAUAAAAUUUUUAUGGGUUCAAGGCAGCAAGAACUGCUGCCUCGUUUGCUUCCCCAUUUGUCUGUGGAAGGCAAGAAUAAACUGCUUGAGGUUUCUAAGAUGUUCAGCGAGGGGAAAGUGCUGCUGGAGGAGUACGUAAUGACAGUAAAAGACAUAGUUGGGCUGAACAAUCUCGUGGAGGCUGUGGGAAUUGGUAAAGGAAAACAGGAUCUAACAAGACUGACCUCGGAGAAGCCAAAUCGAGCCGCUCAUGUCCAACCACGAUGGUCAACAAGGAAAGCCUGUUCUGCACUUUCAUCAGAAGAAAUACUCAACUUUCUACGGGGUGGGGCCCGACUAAGCAAAGCUCGGACCAAUGACCUCUUUUGGGAAGCCGUUUGGCCCCGCCUAUUGGCAAAAGGAUGGCACUCUGAGGAGCCCAAAAAGGGUCUUUUCUCCAAGGAUUAUUUGGUAUUUCUAGUUCCUGGGGUGAAGAAGUUCUCAAGAAGAAAGCUCAUGAAGGGGGAGCAUUACUUUGACUGUGUUCGCGAUGUCAUGAAUAAAGUCGCAUCUGAACCGAGAAUUCUGGAUCUUGGUGAAUCAAGUGAAAUAAAUAGAGUUGAAGAAGGGAAUUCAGACCGGGAAAAGUCACCCAAUCGAGAUCAUCGGACUUACCUUAAGCCGAGAACACAGAGUCAUGCAGGAAAAGAAGAUGUGAAGUUUACCAUUAUUGAUACCACAGUUGCGGGUGGAGCUCGCAGGUUGAGGGAAAUGAGAGCCUUACCUGCCGUACCAAAUUUUGUCCUAUUCGGAAGCCAUCUGAUGGGAGAUGAAAGGAAUAGUAUUGAAGUGGAGACAAAUGCUCAGGAUCCAUCGGGUGAAUCUAAAUACUUGGGCUUCAAUAUGGUUGAGGCUGAUAUAUUCAAUCCUGUCCAGAUCAUUAGCUUUGAGAAGAAAGAAUCACCUACAAAUAAUAAAGUGGUCAAUGAUUCUUUGAAUGGGUUGGUUCAGAGUAACAGCCAGGAAUUUAAUGAUAACGAAGGAAAGCCCGCUAUUACGUGCCAGCAGAAACCUCGAAAGAAGCCCGAUGAGAAGAACUGUUUAGCUCCUGAAGCGAGAAAACGCCGGAAGAGAAAAUUCUCCUCUGAUAAUCAGAUGGGAAGCUGCAGCCCCGUUGGUAAAGAGAUGAAAACUGAGAGAGAGAAGGAAGAAACUAACCCUCACUCAGGCAUCGACAUAAUAGAGAAUGGAAAUAUGGCUUUUGCUGGUGAAAAUGAAACCAAUCGCAAACCUCGAUUCUCGAUGUUGAUUGAUUCUUUGAAUGAGGCAUUUCAGAGUGACAGGCAGGGGUUUAAUGAUAAUGAGGGAAAGAACGCUACUGAGUGCCAACCGGUACCUCGAAAGAAGCCCGAUGAGAAGAACCGUCUAGCUCCUGAAGCAAGAAAACGCCGGAAGAUGAAAAUUUCCUCUGACAAUCAGAUGGGAAGCUGCAGCACUUUUGGUAAAGAGAUGAAAAUUGAGCGGGUGAAGGAAGAAACUGAUUCUUGCUCAGGCACCAACAUAACAGAGAAUGGAAGUACCGUUGUUGUUGGUGAAAAUGAAACCGAUCACAAAGCUCGACCCUCGAUGUUGUUUGACUUGAACUGGCCACCGGUCAUGCCCGAUUCCGUGAUGAUUGAAGCAGGAAAUGUGGGAAUGCCAAUGGAACAGCACAAUCAGUUGAGCCAGCAAGAUAGUGUUCCUGUUGCUGCCAAUGCCAACCCCCACCCUAUCCCUAGUAAUUCCGAGCUGCAGCCCUCCACAAACUCCCGGAGACAGAGCGGAAGGAAGCGAUGUAUGAGCACCAAAGCAGUGGAAGCUCUUGCUUCUGGGCUAAUGGCGAUGGAGGCAAGACAGAAACGAUAACUUAAAGCUAAUGGGAGCCUUCUUUGUUGGGAAGAAAUUUGACUGGCGAGGGUUUGAUUCUUGAAGAUGAUGUGAUUAGUCCAUUGACUUCUGUAUAGAGUGAAGUGGAAAAGGUUGACAAAAGGAAGUAGAGUUCUUCAAAGAUAGGAAAGAAACAGCAGUUUGAGCCUCUGGACAAAUAACAUGAUUUGACGGGGAAUUCGUUCUGCUUAUACAAUAUGAACUGGGAAUUUCAUCCAAAUUCUUUCUGCUGACAAGUCAUCGGGUUUCUUGCUCUUGAUCUUGCAGUCGACUUGUCCGUACAACAAAGGAUGUUGAUUUAACAGGCAGAAGUCGAAAACAUUUUGUUAAUGAAGGCAAAAUUGGAAAUUCUGUCUCCAGUUGCAUCCGCCCGGUUUAGUUUGAUGUUGCUUUCUUCCUAACCGAAAACGAAUGGGCAAUAUGUAGACUCCAUUCCAGUAUAGACGAGAGAUUAUUCGGUGGUCC